AAGCAAUCAUUUCUCUUUCUCUCUGUCUGCAUUCUUGCAGCUAUUGAGAAAUACUGAGUGAGCUAUGAUUGGUCACAGCUUGUCACAUGGUACAAGGCUGUUGUGAAUAGCCUUGUACCAUGUGACCUCUGUGAUCAUUCACAGAUUUCACACUUAGUUAGCAAUGAUGUCAGAAGUGACAUCUUGCUUACUACUUUGCAUGUGAUCACUGAUUGGCCAAUCAGUGAUCACAUGAUCGUGACCUCGUACAGAGGUCCCCCACAUGGUGAAUGUAUUACUAGAUGUUCUGUUUCUGAGGCCCUGUUUGACUGGCCAUACACUAUACAAUUUUCUGCUCAAUUUCUGCCCAAUUUCCUUAAGAUUUACCUUCAACUAUGUAGUGCAAGGGCCUGCUUA